CCCGCCAGCCCCGCUCCCCCGCCCCCGGGCCGGAGCUGCCGCCGCCAUUUUUGCGCUCGCUCGCUGCCGCUCUCCGGGCGAGGCGGCUGCGGCCGGAGCAGCGUAAAGUAAGGGGCUUUAACCCGCUCGGGGCUCCCCCGCCCCAGCCCGGCCUGAACGCGCCAUGUCCGGAGAGGGAACCGCCGGCGACCAGACUGCUGAAUAUGUCCCAGAAAAAGUGAAGAAAGCUGAAAAGAAACUAGAAGAAAAUCCAUAUGACCUUGACGCUUGGAGCAUUCUCAUUCGAGAGGCACAGGUUUAGUGAUAUAGGAUUACAUUUCCUUAUCUAUGGUCCACUCACACUAUUUGGUUCUGGAGUAAAAUCAGCAUAUUCAUUUACAGAAAUCAUAAUAUUGUAAAUGCUGUUUUGAUUUUCAAUUUUUAGAAUCAGCCUAUAGACAAAGCACGGAAGACCUAUGAACGCCUUGUUGCCCAGUUCCCCAGUUCUGGCAGAUUCUGGAAACUGUACAUUGAAGCAGAGGUUAAUAUUUUUACAUUUUUUCUUAUAUAACAUUUCAUAGGAUUUUAAGUUUAUAUUUUUAUAAGCAUGAAUAAGAUAGGCACAUAAUAUCUAGGGGAAAGGGGAUUUUAAAUAUGCCUUGCCUUUAUUUUGUAAAAUAGGUACAAAGGAAUGAUUAAAAUGAAUUCUAAAGUAUUGGGUUUUUUAUGAGUUGAUGAUUGUUGCAUUAUGGAAUUGCAACAACAUUAAAACUGUUUCAAUGGUA